GCGAAAGUGAUGGCCAACGAGGAGAAGAAGUUUCAGCAACACAUCCAGACGCAGCAGAAGAAAGAGCUGAACAGCUUUUUGGAAUCCCAGAAGAGAGAAUACAAACUCCGCAAAGAGCAGCUCAAAGAGGAACUGAACGAGAACCAGAGCACCCCCAAGAAGGAGAAGCAGGAGUGGCUGUCCAAGCAGAAGGAGAACAUCCAGCACUUCCAGGCCGAGGAAGAGGCCAACCUGCUGCGGCGCCAGAGGCAAUACCUGGAGCUGGAGUGCCGGCGGUUCAAGAGGAGGAUGCUGCUGGCCCGCCAUAAUCUGGAGCAGGACCUGGUCCGGGAG